CGACAGCAGACAAACAAACACAGACCUCAGAAAAUGGACGCAGAGGAACCUCUGACUUGUAGUGCUUCCCCUAUAGAUAAGGCAAAUGAUGCACUGAGUAGAGAGGAGACACCCAGUAUGGAGACACUGGAGGAAGUUCUGCAUGGUGGCCACCUCUCCUGUAACCAUGUUGACGAAGUCUGGCCUAAUCUGUUUCUAGGGGACAUGUACAUGUCCCAUGACCGCUAUGGCCUGUGGGUGAUGGGGAUCACACACGUGCUGAACGCCGCCCAUGGCAAGAUGUGUUGCAAAGGCACUGACGACUUCUACGGCACCACCGUCCGCUACUACGGUGUGCCGGCCAAUGACCUGCCCACCUUUGACCUUUCACCUUUCUUCUACCCAGCAGCACAGUUCCUUCACCAGGCCCUUGCCAACCCAACUGCCAAGGUGUUUGUGCACUGCGCAGUGGGCGUGAGCAGGUCGGCUGCAUUGGUACUGGCGUACCUCAUGAUACACCACAACUAUACGCUCAUGAAUGCCAUUCUUCGGGUGAAGGAGAAGCGAUGGAUAUUCCCCAACCGCGGCUUCCUGCGACAGCUCCAGUCGCUAGAUGAACAGCUGCGAAGGGAGAGGACUGAUUCUGAAGUAUCUUGCGUGAAAGGUUUACAUUCACGGGAAGCCAAAGCGGACAUUUCACUUUAAAAAUA